CUUCUGCAAGGGUAAUGCCUGUAAAAUGCUCACUCUUUAAGGUGGUUCUGAUUGCGUUAUUCCUGGUUGCCUUGCUGCAGUUCAUUUAUUUGUCCCUCCUCUCCAAACUCCAUGGCAGGCUGCAGAAUUACAGAUACUCAGAGCUCUUCCAGACUGGGAACUUUAAAAGGGACAACUUGCAGCGAGAGAAGAAUGACCGAAAGGAGCACUUCAGGUACUCUCUGUCUAGUGGGGGGGUACUCGAUGUCAGCGGUCAGUACAGGAUCUACAGUAGCAUCUUGCAGAGCGAAGCUAUCGCCAGGCGCGGAGAGUUAAGGGGUGACUUUGCCUUAGCCACCCAUACUUCAAUUAAUAACUUGCAUCAGUUGAAGGAUUUGGUGGACAGGUGGCAAAACCAGAUAUCUCUGUCACUGUUUGCAAUUGCGAACGAUGUUCGUUUUGCUACCAUGAUCAUUUUUGCACUAAGCAGUUUCUGCUCCGAGGUCCAAGAGCUGGUAACCUUUCACCUGGUCUGUCAUUCGGGAGACCUUGCAGUUUUCCCAGAGCAGGAUCAUAAUGCUUUUGCAAAACUGCGCAAUUGUGCCAGCGUAUUUAAGAAGCUGCAUGCUUACAGAGCCAAGUAUCAGAACUAUGCCAUUGGCAAUAAUGCUUCGUACCCCAACAAUUUACUGAGAAACGUAGCAAGAACAGGGACAAAUAGCAAAUACUUAAUGACAAUUGAUAUAGAUAUGCUGCCAAGUGAAAAGCUGCACAGCGAAUUUUUGAAUUUGAUUGAGGAGAAUGUAGACAUUGAAGAACAAACUCUAUUUGUGGUGCCAGCAUUCGAGAUCAGACAUACAAGGAGAAUCCCAUCAACAAAAUCUGAGUUGCUUCAGCUGUACCAGGUGGGAGAAGUCCGAGCUUUUUAUGAAGAGCUCUGUUGGAAGUGUCAUGCCCCAACUAACUAUUCAAGGUGGAUAAACCUAUCUGUGGAUUCUAAACUUGCUGAAGCCUAUGCGGUGGAAUGGAGAGAUCCCUGGGAGCCGUUUUACGUCAGUGUCAACUCUGUGCCAUUGUUUGAUGAGCGCUUUAAACAGUAUGGGUUCAACAGGAUUAGUCAAGCAUGUGAACUCCAUGUUGCUGGGUAUCAGUUCUUGGUCUUAAACAAUGCCUUCCUUAUUCAUAAAGGGUUCAAAACUGCAAGUGAAUUCCAUGCAGGAAAAGAUGCUGAAAACCGUAGAAACAAAAUUAUUUUCAGACAGUUCAAGCAAGAUCUGAAGAACAAAUAUCCAGAGUCCCCUCGACGGUGUUAAGCCUAAUAAGGAGACAUUUUCUGUUACUGUACUGUUUCCUUGUCUUUAAGUAACAUUUUGAGUUGGUGUUCACAUAUGAAUAAUUGUCUACAAUUCUCUGGUCAGGCUUCAUUUCAGAACUGGUGCUAGAAGUCACAUGGGUAAAAAAAAAAAGCAUGGUGGGGUCUGAGAUUUCUGGAAUACAUAUGGAAAUGGUGUGAAAUGUGACUACACCAGGGGUGCCUUUUCUGCAUUUGUCUUUCUUGUAUCAACUUCCACCCUUACCUUCUUGUGUAUUUUGAAUGGGGUUCGAAUGAAAGCCAUAUGUUUACAGCAUGUUAACACUACUUUUUAAACAGAAUCGGACUGUUGUAAGCCUGAUUUUGUGCUCUGUAGUAAACUUCGGUUUAUACAAGACUGUGAAGUUGCAAAAUGCAGCAGUAUUAUAUUUUUGGAAUUAUUGUCAGAGUGUUAGUUCACUUUUAUGAUUAUAGUGAAAUGAAGCGUCUCUGUGCCUGUUCA